AGCGGGGAGGGAGGAGGCGAGGCGGGGAGCAGCGAGGCAGCGCCCCCUCAGCAGCCGCCCCCCUGCCCGCCCUCCCCACCCUCCUCGCUCCCUGGGGGCUGGCGUGAAGCUGUGGCGAAUCUGUCCCCCCCCCCCCGGGUGUCGGCCAUGGCCGUGCCCGUGGCGGUGCUGGACUGCGACCUGCUGCUGUACGGCCGCGGGCAGCGCACGCUGGACAGGUUCAGGCUGGAGGAUGUGACGGACGAGUACCUGGUGGCCACCUACGGCUUCCCCCGCCGCUUCAUCCGCUACCUGGUGGAGCUGCUGGGGGCCAGCCUGACGCGCCCCACGCAGCGCUCCAGGGCCAUCAGCCCCGAGACGCAGGUGCUGGCGGCGCUGGGCUUCUACACCUCGGGCUCCUUCCAGACCCGCAUGGGCGACGCCAUGGGCAUCAGCCAGGCCUCCAUGAGCCGCUGCGUCGCCAACGUCACCGAGGCGCUGGUGGAAAGGGCCUCGCGCUUCAUCCGCUUCCCCCAGGACGAGGCGGCGGUGCAGGGCCUGAAGGAGGACUUCUACGGGCUGGCGGGCAUGCCGGGGGUGCUGGGGGUGGUGGACUGCACGCACGUGGCCAUCAAAGCGCCCAACGCCGAGGACCUGGCCUACGUCAACCGCAAGGGCCUGCACUCGCUCAACUGCCUGAUGGUGUGCGACGCCCGAGGGGCCCUGCUGAGCGCGGAGACGCACUGGCCAGGCAGCCUGCCGGACUGCGCCGUCCUGCAGCAGGCAGCCCUCGCCAGCCAGUUCGAAAACGCGCUCCAUAAGGACGGCUGGCUGCUUGGUGACAGCUCCUUCUUUCUCCGAACCUGGCUGAUGACCCCCCUGCACAUCCCCGAGACCCCCGCAGAGUACCGCUACAACAUGGCGCACUCCGCCACCCACAACGUCAUUGAGCGGACAUUCAGAACCAUUCGGUCGCGCUUCCGCUGCCUGGACGGGUCCAAAGGCACCCUGCAGUAUUCCCCGGAGAAAUCCAGCCACAUCAUUCUGGCCUGCUGCGUGCUCCAUAACAUCUCCCUAGAACACGGGCUGGACGUGUGGUCCUCCCCGGCCACGGGACACGUGGAGCAGCCCGAAGAGGAGUAUGAGCAGAUGGAAUCAAUGGACUCGGAAGCCUGUCGUAUUCGCCAGGAGCUUCUACUUACACACUUUAGCUAGUGUUGUGACAGGGGGAGGGCUUCAGCAGGUCAUCUGAGAUGAUACAGAGAGCAACUGUGUCCCUCUCCUUAAGUUUGUAAUGACUGUGUGGGUGUGGGAUGAGGGCAAAUUUUAUUCAUUUCAGGGGGUAUUAUGAGCUUCUCUUGAUCUCCUCAGAGGUGUCAUGUAAUUGCUAAAUGUUUACUGUUACUGAUGCUUGUAGACUCCCCUUUUAUUUCGGGAACAAUGACUGUAAUGUGAGAUCAACGGAGAGCCUUGGGACGUUGUCUUUGAUAACAAUGGCAAACCUGUAAGCCUUGCACUACUUCACAACAGCUCCGUGCCUCUUUGUAACCCGAAUCACCGCUGAGUUUUAAAUCAGCGUUUCACACAAAUUAAACUCCUGUGCAGACCCCGAA